AUGUUUUGUUUUUUAAAAAAAACAUUGGUGGUCAGGGCUCCCCUAUAAGUUAAAAAAAAAUCAUUGUAAUAUGAUAAGGUUGCCUUUCCGAUCUAGCACUGGGCAAUAGGUGACGAAUCCUCUAGAGACAUAGCGAUAUGAUUGGCCCAGCACCCUAGUAACAUCCCCAGAUUGGCAAGGACGAAAUUAUAAACAUACUGACACAAUAAAUAAAGGUAGACCAGUUGGCUUUGUUUAUUCAUUGUUUAUUAGACAUUGCUUUUUUUGUGAUGAAUAAAAGCUUCUUUAUUUAUUAACAAAUACAAAAAGCAUGUCAGCUUCGAGUAAGUGCAUUAAGUCUUUACUAAAGACGCGUUACAUGGCACUUCUCACAGAGUAUACUCUCAGCAAGUCCUUAUUUACAACAUACACAGCAUUGCUUUGUCUCUCUCAUGUUCUGCUUCUCGGCAAGCUCCAGGAUGCUGCCACUUGGCUCUCUUUCUGCCAUAGAUAAAGGAGUCCAAACAGGAGCAGUGUGCUUACAGGGGUGGGACGUAAAGAAGGGAGAAGCUGACAUUGGCUGAAAAGCAAUGGGGCAGGGUGAGAUUGCAGAGUUAGGGAUGGUCUGCCAAUUUCAUACUACUCAUGAAAACGCCAGUCAUGCAUUGUGUCACAGCUUGAAAUUGAGUUUGCUGAUCGUGGAACUUGCAGAUAAUCCCCAACUUUGCACUUCUCCUCCACAUACCAUUUUUGGUGCGGCUUAGGGUCUUCAGCACAGCUGGGCCCCUUUAGCCCCGGCCCGGUACAGGUGUGCCCCCCUGAUGGUGGCCCUGUAUGUAUGUGAUGAGCAACCAUAUUGCUCAUAUUGUGUAAGUGUUACAGUUGAACUGCAGACACGUAACUACUGAAUAAACCUACCAGCUCCUAUGACAUUAGGCCAGUAAUACUGUAUUACAGGCCAAGAGUGCAGGAUGUGGGUUUCGUGGGGUAGGGGGGCCCAGUUGUAAAUUUCUGUACCAGGGCCCUUAGGGGUCUAGUUAAGCCACUGCCAGCCAGAAAGCAGUUACUGGUCGUGCAUGGGGGGCAGCAGUUUACCUAUGGAAAGGGGGGGGGUGGAAAGUGUAGCGUAGGGGCCUCACAUAGUAUUAAUCCGCCACUGCACAGCAAUACUGCAUGGCUUGUGAUAACUGCUGCACUGGGUGGGCUCUGGCAACUGCUUCAGCUGCUCAGAGUGGACAUUUCUACACAGGAAGUGGCCUUGGAUAGAAGGACUUUCCAUUAGUCGUCUGCCAUUGCUUCCCUUUAGUGUUUCCUUACUGCCUCCUGAACUUUCUCUGCUAUUUCCGGCCUCACUUUUCUGUCCCAGUAUUGCAGCAUUGCUUUCAUGAAUCAUUCUCUUCAACAUGCUGACACUAGCUCCCCCCACCUGUACAUCUGUGUUCCAGUGUGCCAGUGUACAAGCACCGACAUGCAGUCCAGUCCCUAUGAGAAUCCCUGUUAGCAUCUAUCACCCUCACGCCCUUUAUCUUUUUCAGAGGCAUAGUGAAUAGUUAGGGGCAGCUCCCACGCACCAAUUUCACUCUCCCUAGGCACCUGUCCUAAGUUGUCACAUGAGCACGCCUCCGGUGCUAUCCUUGUGCCACUUCUGACCUAUCAGAACACCAGAGGGUGUGGCUUUCAGUCUACCUCCCCCCAGCUGUCAAACCCGAAGGUGCUUACAGAGGGGGUUGUUUGUCUGCCACGCCCCCAGUGAGCACGUGUUUGUCAGUGAGUGCUGGGAAGUGACAGCUGCGGAAUCGACAUGGAGGGGAACUGCAAGGGGAGAAGGAGAGAUUCUGAGGCCUCACUGGAUUGCUCCACUGUGGAGUUUGUGUAUGAUAAUACUGACCACCCUUACACAGAGCUAGCAGAGCUAUAUAGCUAUACAGAAGAGCCAGACUUAAACCUCAACCGAAAGUGUUUUGAGGAAGAAUUUAAAGAUCAUGUUAAUGACACCAGAUGGACAAGUUUGACUUCAGAACAGCAUAGAAUUCAUAUUAUGCAUCUGCUGGAUAAACUAGAGGUGGUGAACAGGGAAAAGAGGCUCUCCGCCUCCAGAGCCAUCUUGUACCUAUCCCAAGGUGUGUUUGGGGAGUGUGACAAUGAAGCAGAUGUUGUACACUGGUCGCGUUAUAACAGCUUCCUCCUCUAUCAUAUGGGAGCAUUUGCUGCCUUUUUGGAAUUACUUAACAUGGAGAUAGCGAAUAGCCAGGCUUGUAGCAGCGCACUGCGGAAACCAGCGUUGUCUUUGGCAGACAGUACAGAUCUCAGGGUUCUGCUUAGUGUUAUGUAUCUGAUGGUUGAAAAUAUUCGCCAGGGCACAGAGAAUGAUGACCCAGAAUGGAAAAUACUACGUGUUAAUUUUCGUGAAGAACUUGCCUUUCCUGUGCACAGUGAGGAGCCAUUUGCUCAUUUCCUCUUUGCAAUGGUAACCAAAUUCUGCAGCGGUCAUUGUCCCCACUUUCCUAUGAAGAAAGUUCUCUUGCUGCUCUGGAAGGUUCUGCUGUUUACAUUAGGUGGUUUCACAGAGCUUCAGAGCAUGAAGGAGAAAAAACGAUUAGAGCUUGGGUUGCCACCCUUACUGGAGGACAGCAUACAGGUGAUGAAGAACAUGAAGGCCAUCUCUCCUCCAUCAUAUGGCAUUGAGCUAGGAGAGCAGCAGAAACGUGGGCGCAGAAGCCGCAGGGACAGCCUUGACCUAUAUAAUGAGAAGGAUCCCUUUAAGAAUGAUGAGUCACAAGGGCCUGAGGAGGAGGAGAGUGAGGAAACUGAUAAUAUGAUGGAUACAGAACCUGAGGGACAGGAGAAGGACCUACUUUCACAACCACUUGCCAGUCUGAGGGCAAACAAUGAAAGAGUUUGCUUCCCAAAGGGCCUACCCUGGGCACCUAAAGUCAGAGAGAAAGACAUUGAAAAUUUCUUAGAGAUGAGCCGGAAUAAAUUUAUUGGAUUCACUCUGGGCCAUGAUUUAGAUACAUUGGUUGGAUUACCCCGACCUAUCCAUGAGAGUGUGAAGACACUAAAACAGCAUAAUUAUGUUUCCGUUGCUGAUGUUCAAAUUAAGAAGGAGGAGGAGCUGGAGAAGUGCCCCAUGUUGUUGGGACAGGAGAAGGUGGAAGAGACUGCAUGUGAACUUCUGUACAAAUCUAUGCUGGUUAACAUCCCUCAAUACAUGAUUGCGUUGCUGAAGAUACUCCUGGCAGCAGCACCAACCUCCAAAGCCAAGACAGAUUCGAUCAAUAUUUUGGCAGAUGUUCUUCCUGAGGAAAUGCCGAUAACUGUUCUACAGAGCAUGAAGUUGGGAAUUGAUGUGAACCGGCACAAAGAGAUAAUUGUCAAGAGUGUCUCUGCCAUUCUGCUGCUACUGCUAAAGCAUUUCAAGCUUAACCAUAUUUAUCAGUUUGAAUAUGUGUCCCAGCAUCUGGUCUUUGCCAACUGCAUGCCUCUGAUCCUAAAAUUCUUCAACCAGAACAUUAUGUCCUACAUCUGUGCCAGGAACAGUAUAUCUGCACUGGAGUUCCCAUCUUGCGUUGUUCAUGAGCUGCCGGAACUGACUGCAGAGAGCUUGGAAACUGGAGACAACAAUCAGUUCUGCUGGAGAAACUUGUUCUCUUGCAUCAAUUUACUGAAGAUCUUGAACAAACUCACAAAGUGGAAACAUGCCAGAACCAUGAUGCUGGUGGUAUUCAAAUCUGCUCCCAUUUUAAAGCGCACACUGAAGGUCAAGCAGGCAAUACUGCAGCUCUAUGUACUGAAAUUGCUCAAGCUACAGACCAAGUACUUGGGGAGACAGUGGAGGAAAAGUAACAUGAAGACAAUGUCUGCCAUCUACCAGCUGGUGCGUCACAGGAUGAAUGAUGAUUGGGCUUAUGGCAAUGACAUUGAUACCAGGCCAUGGGACUUUCAGGCUGAGGAAUGCACUUUGCGUGGGAACAUUGAGAGAUUCAACAGUCGGAGAUAUGAAAAGAACCCAAGCUGGGAGUUUGCUCCAGUGGAUAAUUGCCUUCUAAGUGUAGUGGGACAGAAUAUGGAUCUUCCAGAGGAUUUUCAUUACACCUACGAGCUCUGGUUGGAAAGGGAAGUAUUUUCCAAGCCAAUCCACUGGGAAGAACUCCUUCAGUACUCAUGACAGCUCAUUAAAGCAGAGACACAAAGGUGUUUUGAUGAUCAGUAAUCAGCUAACUUUUUUCUGCUAUGUUUUGUCUAUGACAAAGCACAGCAAAUGAAAAAGUAUGAGCCAUAGUAAACUAAAUAUAUGUGAAUAUAAUCAAUGGACUGCAGGUAUUUUAAAAAAAAUUAUAGGGAUUAUAAAAACAACAAAUGUCUGCAUGAAGCCUUGAGGGCCCCAAAUUCAAACUCCCAGAUAAGCAAAUUAGGUAAAUGCCAAGAAGAAACUGCUUACAUAGCUGUGUAUAGGAUAAGGUAUUAUCUUUAACAAAAUGUCCAUAACUAAACAAUGUAAUAGGGCUCUUCAGCUGAUUAAACAGAGACAAUGCAAUUUUCUCUUUAAAAGUUUUUUUCAAAGGAAAAAAUAUUAAAGGAAUUCU